AUGCAAGAAUACUUAGGUUUAAAAACUCAAAAUAAAUUGAUAGGAAAUUAAAUAUUAUUUAAAAAAAAAAAUGAAUUGUAAAAAAUAGUAGUUUGGAGAUUGUAUGGAGUUUUGUCUCUAUCUAAGGAAUCUGAUGGAGCAAUCUUCCCCAUCCUGAUUAAAAUAUUAAAAAGAGAGAAAAUUUAAAAUUGCUUGGAAUUUCUUUCAUAAAAUCAAAAUCAAUUCCUUUUAGAAAUAGAAAGGUAAAAGAUAGAAAAUUUAUCACUGCUUGAUAAAGAAUAGAUGCUAAAUGCAGAAUAGAAAAAAAUUAAGAGAAUAACAAAUGUUCUCAAAAAAAUUCGGGAACAUUAAUUUAAUGAACUGAAUUACUCGAUAGAUGAAUGUGAAGAAACUAAAUAAGAUUUUAUCACAAAAAUAUCCUAAGAUAAGAAGAUUAUAGAGUUAUUAAAGUUCUUAGUUCGUCUUACAGCCUUAGAUGAGAGAUUCAUAUAGUGUGGAUCAAAUUCCCUUCAUUUAUUAGUUUAGAUGAAGGUUGAUUUGAGAGAAGAAUCUUUUNUUCCUUUCUUAAAUAUGCAUUUUUAGAUAUAAAUAGAAGUUGAUUGA